AAGUGACAAUAGCAGUACGAGAGCGAGCUGAGAGAGCACAUGAAGAAAGAGAAAAACGAAGUAAGACAACCACAGCGACAACAACAGAAAAAAAAGGGAAUAGGACAAGAAUACAAAAACACCGACAAGAAGCAAAAUUCACGAGAAAAAAUGUAUGCGCGUUCAAGUAUGUGUGCGAUUGAACAAAAAUAUGGCACAUCAAAACGUUGCUAUUAGAUUCCAAAGCGAUAAUUUAAAAAAAAAAUAAUUCAACGUCAAUCUAAACCUAUUUUUCCACAUCAAAAUCAAGGAAUAGACAAUAGAAAAUGUUUUGAGUGUAAACUAGUGAGAGAAGAAACAAAAAACAACAUAAAUAAACGCUCAGCGAUAAAAAAAUAUUUUGUUUGAGUGAUUGAAAAGAUCUUUUAAUUUCGUUUAUAAUUUCUUAUAAAAAUUCUCUAUGAAGUUUCCGAACAUUGAUUUUGUGAUAUAAAAGUUAGAUAGAUUGUCAUUAAACAAAAAUAUAAAUUGUGUAGUGUGUUUUUUUUUGUAUACGAUUUCCAAAGCAAUGUGCUUUUGCCAAGCCAUUUAUCUCAAGCAAGAAACAAGAGAGAAACACCGCAACAACGACAUGCUUUAAAAUGACAUUGUGCAAAACACGAUCCCAUUUGCAAAACGCUUUAACAUUGCAAUAAAAAAAACACAACAAAUUCGCUCUUGUGAAAUCGAAAGUUAUAACUUCGAUCAACCAGAAUUCAUUAGAAUUUAUGAAAAGAUCCAUUUUGUUUAUGAAACAGUCUAUUUGAAGAAAUAAAGUUCAUCUAUAAAUCCAAAAUAGACACAAACAAAUUCAACACGUAAUUGGACUCAAAUUUCAUGAAGAAAAGAAGAAAGAAAGAGACAAUAAGUGCGAAUAAUCAAUAGAUUAAUCUAAGAGUGCGUGACCAAAAUGGAAAUGCAAAAUGAUGUGAUACGAUUGGCCGGCGAGCUUGCUGUCGCAGUUGAAGUGAUCAUGAGCCCAAAUGUAUCACAGCAAGCGCGAAUGGAUGCCUACGUUGCUUGUGAGAAAUUCAAGGACAUGUCACCAUUUUGUGCACAAGCUGGUUUGUAUUUGGCCAGUGGUCCGUUCAGCGCAACAGUUCGACAUUUUGGUUUGCAAUUGAUGGAAAACACCGUAAAAUUUAAAUGGAAUUGCAUUUCGCAAGAGGAAAAGAUUUUUAUCAAGGAAAAUUCCAUGAAAUUGUUAAGUUUGGGUGUUGGUCCGGCUGAAGACUCAACAAUAUCACACAUGAAAGAUGCAUUAUCACGCAUCAUUGUUGAGAUGAUCAAAAGGGAAUGGCCACAACAAUGGACAACAUUAUUAGCUGAGUUGUCUGAUGCGUGUACGAAAGGUGAAUCACAAACCGAAUUAGUUUUGAUGAUAUUCUUGCGUUUGGUUGAGGAUGUCGCAUUACUGCAAACUAUCGAAUCGAAUCAACGACGAAAAGAUAUUUACCAAGCGCUUACCGUGAAUAUGACAGAAAUUUUUAGUUUUUUCCGACGUUUAAUCGAAUUGCAUGUGAAUGCUUUUCGAAGUACAACUUCGGUGGGCGAUCAAAAAUCUCGUGCUCAUAGUCGUGUUGUACAAGUUGUCUUACUAACACUUACUGGAUUCGUUGAAUGGGUUUCCAUUGUACAUGUAAUGGCUCAAGAGGGCCGCCUUUUACAUAUUUUAUGUAUUUUAUUGAAUGACAUUGCAUUCCAAAUACCCGCUGCUGAAUGUUUGGCAAUUAUUGUAAAUCGAAAGGGACAGGUGAAAGAUCGGCGACCAUUGGCACUACUUUUCACCAAAGAUGCAAUCGAAUACAUUUAUCGUGCAGCUAGUACAUCUACCGGUAUACCUCCGGAUCAUUAUUAUGCAUUUUUGAAGAAAUUGGUUGCUGUUGUGUCCGGUCUCACAUCACAACUGGUUACAUUGUGGGGCAAAGAGGAGACGCCAGUUAUUCAACCUGCACAGUUUUCAACAUUUUUGGAAAUCGUUUUCACACUCGCUAGACAUCCCAGUCUCACCAUCAGUCAUGGUGCUACACUUAUAUGGAAUAUACUAUUGAAACACGAUCAAAUUUCCAAAGAUCCAAUUUUUUUUGAAUACAUACCCAAAGUAAUUGAAGUCAUUGGACCAAAAGUAUUGAAGGUACAAUAUCCAACAGCACGAACAUUACAGAUUUCAGAUUCGCCACAGUCAUUUGCAUGUAUCGACUAUGACAGCGAAGAGGAGUUUGCAAUGUUCUUCUAUCGUUGUCGAACUGAUAUACUGGAAGUUUUCCGUCAGUCCACAUUGAUUUCACCAUUGGUUACAUUUGCCUAUUGCGAUCAUUGGAUUCGACUGCGAUUACAAAAAGCGUCAAACGAACAGAAUACUACGUGCAGUGUUCAAGAUCCAGCCUAUUUGGAGUGGGAAGCAAUUUCCGUCGUUUUGGAUAGCGUAUUAAGUCGAAUUUUAAUGGUAAACGAACGUCCGUCUGUACAAUCUGGUUUACUUAUACUCGAGGAGUGUUUGCGAAUUGAAUCCCGUGAUCCAUUGAUUCUAUCCAUAGUUUUAACGUGCAUUUCAUCAUUAUUUGUGUUUUUAAGUAUGUCAUCUUGCCAAAUAACGGCUGGAAAUUGCAUUGCCAUGAGUGGUGUAUCAUUGUUGCCACGUGUUUUAGAAAAAAUCUUCGCUUGUGUCAUAUUCCAAGAACCAACGCAGCCCAUUGCCACAAAGAAUCUGCGUCGGCAUUCUGGUUCAUUACUUGUUAAGCUCAGUAUAAAAUAUCCAUUGCUUUUGCUGCCUGUAUUUGAUCAAAUCAAUUCAACAAUUAAGAAUUUAGUGGCACAACAGAGUUCAUUGAGUAAACUGGAGCAAAAUCUAUUGCAAGAGGCAUUAUUAGUCAUUUCAAAUAAUUUUGGUGAUUAUGAACGUCAACAUUUGUAUGUCAGUGAGAUAAUUAUGCAGAGCAAUUCACUGUGGUCAUCAACAGCAGCCGCUUUUGGUUCUGCACGUGAAUUUAUGCGAUUUAUCGGUAUCGAUAAGUCACCGGUAGCCGAUGCUCAAUUGGAUCCAAAUUGGUUGAAUCGAACAAAUUUAAUGCAUGCCCUAAAUACGGUGCUUGGCGUUGUUAAACGUUGUUCAUGGCCAGAUGAUCCGGAUCGUGCAUCACGAGGUGGUUUCGUCAUUGGAUUCACCGAAUCAGGAAAUCCAAUAUAUCGAAAUCCAGCCACACCACAUGUUGUCCCAAUUCUUCCGAAAAUUUUAUGCUUGGCACGCAUCUUCAAUGAUUUGUAUAGCGCAGAAGUUUCAAGUCAUUUGGCCGAAGGAUUUAAGCAUAUCAAUAAUAUGCUCGAUCAAGAAAAGAAGAAUUUAAUGGGUUUUCCACCGGUUUUAGUCGAUCCAAUGGAUCCAAGUCAAACGAAAGAGCAAACAACCGUUUCAAAGCUACAAACAUAUAUGCAAACAUUAUUUGAUAACUGUUAUCAUUUAUUGGGUUCUGCGGGUCCAUCAUUAGGCCGUGAUCUAUACGAAUUACCGGGAAUUGGUACGGCAUUAGUAAAUAGUGUCUUUUCCAAUUUGAUGAAUGUGCCCGAUCACCGACUCCGAACAAUAAUUCGUGUAUUUCUUAAGCCAUUUAUCUACUCUUGUCCACCAGCGCUUUAUGACUCUGUCAUUAUGGAUGUUUUGAAACACGUUCUACCAUUGAUGCUGAAUCGCUUAACUGCACGAUGGCAAUACAUCACAGCUCUGUACGAAUCUGGUGAAUUGGGCGAAGACAUCAAUGACACACAAGAAGUUGUUGAAGAUAUGCUGAAUCGUACAUUGACUAGGGAGUAUUUGGAUGUGCUGAAAGUUGCUUUGGUUGGUGCCUCAAUCACAUCGACAAGUAUUGAACGUGACAGCUCCUCCGGUGCAUUAGAUAUGGAUCAAGAUGAUCAUUCAAUGGAUAUUCCAACACAAACUACUCGUGCAACACAAUCCGCGCUCGCUUCAGAGGUGAUUAGUGAUUUGGGUGCAAAACUUUUAAGAGAUAAAGGCACAUGUGAUUCAAUUUGCUUAACGAUUUUAAGUGCUAUGGCAUGGAAUGAUACAUCGUGUAGUUUUAAAGCUGUUCUAUUGACCGGACCUAUUGUAAGAUUCUUAUCGAGCGAGGAUCUUUUAACACAUUCACUAGCGUCACAAGUGUUGAUGGCAGUUUUGCAAGGAUUGCAUAUUCACGGACAGCACGAAGCAAAUCAGGCAACAUUGAUAACACUUGGUGUUCAGGUAUACGAAAUUAUGCGUCCAAAAUUUCCUCACAUUGUUGAAAUAAUGCAGCAAAUACCAAACACAAAUGUGGCCGACAUUCAAAAAUUGGACGAAAAAAUUCUGGUCGGUGCCCAAAGCAAAGGCAAAAUUGAUAAAUACAAGAAAGAUCUAUUCAAAAAAGUCACAGCACAGUUAAUCGGCAAAAAUAUAGGACAAUUGUUUCGAAAGGAGGCUUUCAUCGCUAAUCUUCGACCAAUGACAAACCAAUUGAUAAAUUCAACACCGUACACUAGCCUUUUAGAUAGCAAUAAUCAAGAAACCAAUAUCGUUUCCCAAUUGUUUUCAACAAAUAGUUAGUAAAUUGUGAAUUGAUACAAAUUCUAUGGGCCGACCAAUAUCACCAAAUAAGAUGAAAACACAAUUUGGCAACACAUGAAUCUAUUUUAAUUUUUUUGUUAAGUUUUUCAUUUUGCGUUGUGUAUUUUAUCUGUUUAUUUGUUGCAAAUCAUGUGAACUUUAUUAUUGUUCUUUCAUUUGCUUAAUUUAUUUAACUUUGAUCGUUAUUAUUCCGUUUGAAUUCCAUUUCGAACGGUCGCCUUUCGUCAGAUCGAUAGUCCAAAAAAAGGUUAUCAUAGAACAUUCAUACAUAAAUUAUGGAUUAUGUAUGGUUAUAAUUUUCUUAAUUUAAAUUUUCGAAAAUCGCAAAAAGUCCAUCAAAAGAAUUAUAUUUGCUGUUGGUUGGCCUAUAUGGCUGUUGGUUGGCUUCUAUAGAAGUAUAUUUUAAGACUUUAUAUGAUUGUUUAAGCGCAGAAAAAAAUCAAAUCCAUCGAAUAAUUUAUGAAAAAAAAGAUGAUUAAAAUGUAAUUCGAUAUUUUGAUAUUCAUCUUCCGUUACUACUAUUCAUUCAGAUAUCUUGUAUAUUGCGCAUUACAAGUUUUUAGUACUUUUACACACAAAAAAAACAGUUUCAAAAAAUAUAAAUUAAAUAUAUUAUUAUUAAAAUGCGCCGUGUAAAAUAUUCAAAUAAACAGAUUUUCAAAUUGUAAAAUAAUCGACUAAUGUCAUUCACAUUGCAAGUUAAAAAGAAUAUUUUGAAAUAAGAAAUGUGCAGAUAAUGAUGAUGAUAUCAUAUCAUCUCUUGAGUUUGGAUUAAUUGAAAACUUUACAGACUAUACCCAGAAAACAAAUUUGUAAUGUUUUUAGUACAUUCUAACGUUGAAAAAUGUAAAGUUUUGGCCCAUUCUGGUGGUAAUUUUCGUGUCAAAUGGAACGGAGAUUAUAUGCAUAGUUCCCACGAAUUCCAAUGGAAUGGAUCCACUUGUUUCUUCCACUUCCAGUAAUAUUUCAUUUGACAACAUAAUGUGAACACAACCCAAUACAUUAAGUUUUAAAUUGAAAAUCUAAAUCUUA